AAAAAAGCUAAAACUUAACCUCAAACAAAAUCCGCUAGGCUAGGGCUAGGGCUAGAUGCUGAUUUUUUAUUUUAAAUUUACCAUCAUACAGGUUUUAGAGAAGCCAGAUCUAGUAUAAUGGAGUUUCAGUCAAAGACACCAAUGACUGACGAAGAGAGAGCAGAGCUAGCAGCUAAACUUGAUAAAGAUCUUGAUGACUUCAUUGAUGGUUUAGAAAAACGUUCUUACACUGAAGGAUGGCCUGAGGAUAGGUGGCAGGAGGAAAUGGAAAAACACCCAUUCUUCAUGACCAAGCCUCCGAAUCCAGAAGAAAAAUUGUCUCCAUUGAUGGAAGGGCUGCAACAGCUUAAGUAUGACACUACUGAGAACACACCUGAAGAAUUAGCAGCAACUUACAAAGAGGAAGGGAAUUUCAACUUCAAAUGCAAAAAGUAUCGUUUUGCAAUAUUAAGCUUUACAGAAGGAAUAAAACAAAAAUGCUCUGAUAACAGUUUAAACGCUCAACUCUACAACAACCGAGCUGCUGCAAACUUCUUCCUGCAGAAUUUUAGGAGUUCCCUGUCAGACUGUCUAGCAGCGUUGAAGCUCCAGCCGCAGUAUGAGAAGGCGUUGGUCCGCGCGGCGCAGUGUUGCCAACAACUAGGCAGGUACGCAGAGUGUCAAACAUAUUGUGACCAGGUGCUCGCCACCAACCCUUCCCACCCCGACAUGGUCAAACUACGCAAGGACGCGGUUACUAAACAAAAAAUGGCCGAAAGAGACAAGAGGAAAGAAGCUAUUCUAGAAAAACAAGCAAAGCUAGAAGAGGAAAAGUUGUUAAAAGCCAUUCAAGAGAGAAAUAUCAAAGUUCUUGGUUCAGAUAAUACAAUCACAUCUCUGAAGCAGAUAGAGUCAACAUUCCCAGAGGCUGUACAAAGGUCAGUUCAUCUGGACAACGGCAGACUGGUGUGGCCCGUCAUGUUCCUCUACCCGGAAUACCAGACUACGGACUUCAUACAGCAAUUUCAUGAGGAUACUAGAUUCAUAGACCAGCUAAGUGAAGUAUUCUCGGAAUCUGCGGACUGGGACCAGGACAGAAAAUAUUCUCUGGAAGAUAUUCGAGUAUAUUUUGAAGAUCCAAACGGAAAAGCUCACUUGGUAGACACUCAAUACUCUCUCGGCCAGAUCAUCACUGACUACAGGUACCGGGUUGAUGGUGGGACUCCAGCUUUUAUUAUUGUUGUUAAAGGCACAAAAAGUGAAGCCAGACUGUUGCAGUCGUAAGGUUUUUAUAUUGUUAUCUUUAUUAAUAAAAUAUUUCAUAAAACAAGAUUA